CACAGCGGGAGCCCACCCUUUAGUGAUGCCGACUGCAGUGUGUAUAAUACCAGCGAGGGAAUCUUUGGGAGCCUAGGAGGAGCUGCGGCAAGGUCGACAACAGCAUCCUGCUUUGAACAAUAUAAAGACCAGAGGUGAACGGGGUUUAGUCCAGAGUUUCCCAGCGGGGAAAUUUGGAUUUACUGCCACAGAAGAGGAAGGAGGAGAGUGACUGAAAGUUUCCAGUACGUAGCCUCGAGUUAGCUAACGAGCUAUCUCCGUGUCGAGCCACUCUAUCGUCGGCUCCCUGCACCUUUUCUGACCAGUCAGAGCAGCGUGUUCUUCACUGUCAGUGGGAAGCCAGCGGAGACUCCGGGGCUGCCACACUUCCUCCAUUCAGUCUGCCGAGCCAUAACGUGGCCUUUUCUGUACGGUUUUCACUUCCAUUUGUUGUCAUUCGAGCCAUUUAAGCCAUGUCUGCGCCAUCCUCCUCGCCUUCCGCCCCAGCAGAGAACGUCGCGACAGAAGGUGAUUUUCUAGCCCCUGAUGCGGGGCAGAGGCCGGCCGGUCCGACGCCCAGUCAGAGCCGCUUCCAAGUGGACCUUGUGGCUGAGGCAGCGGGCGCCACCGAAGACAAGUCCCCGAACUCCGACGCCUCUUCCACGGUUCCAUCCAGCGAUAAGGCCACUCCCGCCACUCCCCAAGAUGCUGAUCCAGGGACCGGCGGAGAGGAAGCCAAAGGCCGGUUUCGGGUGGUGAACUUCGCGGAUCCGAGUGGAUCUGGGAGCGCGGCCUCUCCGGAGGCAGCGCCGGCUGAAGGGCUGCAGAACGGGGACACAGUGAUGAGCGAGACGAGCUUGCACUCAUCUACAGGGGGGCAGCAUCACUAUCACUAUGACACCCAUACCAACACGUAUUACCUGAGGACCUUUGGUCACAACACCAUCGAUGCCGUGCCCAACAUCGAUUUCUACCGGCAGACAGCGGCACCACUGGGGGAGAAGCUCAUCAGACCCACCCUGUCAGAGCUGCACGACGAGCUGGACAAGGAGCCAUUUGAGGAUGGGUUUGCCAACGGUGAUGAGCUAACCCCGGCUGAGGAGGCUGCUGCCAAAGAAGCAGCUGAAUCCAAAGGAGUGGUGAAGUUUGGCUGGAUUAAGGGGGUGCUGGUCCGCUGCAUGUUGAACAUUUGGGGUGUCAUGCUCUUCAUCCGCAUGUCAUGGAUCGUUGGUCAGGCUGGGAUUGUUCUCUCCUGUGUGAUUGUUGCCAUGGCUACCGUAGUGACGACCAUCACCGGCCUCUCCACCUCUGCCAUUGCCACCAAUGGAUUUGUACGAGGAGGUGGAGCAUAUUACUUAAUUUCAAGGAGUCUGGGCCCAGAGUUUGGAGGCUCUAUUGGUCUGAUAUUUGCCUUUGCCAAUGCAGUGGCUGUAGCCAUGUAUGUGGUGGGCUUUGCUGAAACAGUUGUGGAACUUCUUGCCGGUGUAGAUGCCAUCAUGACGGAUCAAAUAAAUGACAUCCGAAUCGUCGGAACCAUCACAGUAAUUGUUCUCUUGGGCAUCUCUGUGGCAGGAAUGGAAUGGGAAGCCAAGGCCCAGAUCUUCUUGCUUGUUGUCCUCAUUACAGCCAUUGUCAACUUCUUCAUUGGAACCUUCAUUCCUUCCAAAUCAAAGGAAUCUGUUGGCUUCUUUGGCUACGACGGUGCAAUCAUGUGGGAGAACAUGGGUCCGGAUUUUCGAGGGGAGUCGUUCUUCUCUGUCUUCGCCAUCUUCUUCCCUGCAGCCACUGGUAUUUUGGCUGGAGCCAACAUUUCAGGAGAUCUUGCUGACCCACAGCUAGCCAUUCCCAGAGGAACCCUCCUGGCCAUAUUGAUCACAGGAAUAGUCUACCUGGGUGUUGCUAUUUCAACAGGCUCCUGUAUUGUGAGAGACGCCACUGGAAACGUGAAUGACACACUCAGUGCUCAGUUCAUGAACUGCACUGAUGCUGCCUGCAAGUUUGGCUACGACUUCUCUGCUUGUAAGAGUGAAAAAGGUAGCUGCAAGUACGGACUCCAUAAUGACUUCCAGGUGAUGAGCCUGGUUUCUGGCUUCGGGCCCAUCAUCAGUGCUGGAAUCUUCUCUGCGACUUUGUCCUCAGCCCUGGCCUCUUUAGUCAGUGCACCUAAAGUUUUUCAAGCUUUGUGUAAGGACAACAUCUACCCUGGCCUGGGCAUGUUCGCCAAAGGCUAUGGCAAGAACAAUGAGCCCCUCCGUGGCUACAUCCUGACCUUCGGUAUCGCUCUGGCCUUUAUCCUCAUUGCUGAGCUGAACACCAUUGCCCCCAUCAUCUCCAAUUUCUUCCUGGCGUCCUAUGCUUUGAUAAACUUCUCUGUGUUCCAUGCCUCAUUGGCUAACUCACCAGGGUGGCGUCCUAGCUUCAUAUACUAUAACAUGUGGGUUUCUCUUGCUGGAGCCAUACUGUGCUGUGUGGUGAUGUUUGUCAUCAACUGGUGGGCUGCUCUCCUCACUAAUGUCAUUGUCCUGGGUCUCUACAUCUACGUCAGCUACAAGAAGCCAGAUGUGAACUGGGGCUCAUCAACCCAGGCUCUGACCUAUCACCAGGCCCUGACCCACACUCUGCACCUCAGCGGAGUGGAAGACCACAUCAAGAACUUCAGACCCCAAUGUUUGGUGAUGACUGGCUACCCCAACUCUCGACCAGCUCUUCUGGACUUGGUUCACAGCUUCACCAAGAACGUAGGCCUGAUGAUCUGUGGUCAUGUUCGCGCGGGCUACAGAAGGCCAAACUUCAAAGAUCUGGCCACAGACCAGUCUCGGUACCAGCGCUGGCUGCUGAAGAAUGAGACCAAAGCCUUCUACACGCCAGUGUUUUCUGAGGACAUGAGGCAGGGCACACAGUACCUGCUCCAGGCUGCUGGUCUGGGUCGCCUCAAGCCAAACACCCUGGUGCUGGGAUUCAAGAAUGACUGGAGGGACGGUGACAUGAUGAACGUGGAGACGUACAUUAGUAUGAUCCACGACGCCUUUGACUUUCAGUUUGGUGCUGUUAUUCUGCGACUGAAAGAGGGUCUGGAUGUGUCCCAUAUCCAAGGACAAGAUGAGUUGCUGUCUUCUCAAGAGAAGUCUUCAGGGAUGAAAGAUGUCAUUGUGUCCAUAGACACCAGCAAAGACUCUGACGCUGAUUCAUCCAAGCCAUCCUCCAAGGCCACCAGCCUCCAGAACAGUCCAGCUAUACAGAAAGAUGACGAUGAUGAUGGCAAAGCUACAACUCAGCCCCUGUUGAAAAAAGACAAGAGGAGUCCGACUGUACCACUGAAUGUGUCUGACCAGAGGCUGCUGGAGGCCAGCCAGCAGUUCCAGAGGAAACAAGGGAAGGGCACAGUUGAUGUGUGGUGGCUGUUUGAUGAUGGAGGUCUGACCCUGCUGAUCCCCUACUUGCUCACCAACAAGAAGAGGUGGAAGGACUGCAAGAUCCGUGUCUUCAUUGGGGGCAAGAUCAACAGGAUCGAUCACGACCGCCGAGCGAUGGCCACUCUCCUGAGCAAGUUCCGGAUAGACUUCUCAGACAUCACCGUGCUGGGAGACAUCAACACCAAGCCCAAGAAGGAGCACAUGGUGGCCUUUGAGGAGAUGAUUGAGCCGUAUCGGCUGAAGGAAGACGACAUGGAGCAGGAGGCUGCUGAGAGGCUAAAGAACAGUGAACCCUGGAGGAUCACCGACAACGAGUUGGAGCUGUACCGCGCCAAGACUAAUCGUCAGAUCAGACUCAACGAGCUGCUGAAGGAGCACUCGAGCACAGCCAACCUCAUUGUCAUGAGCCUGCCCUUGGCCAGGAAGGGCGCAGUGUCCAGCGCUCUCUACAUGGCGUGGCUGGAGGCACUGUCCAAGGACCUGCCGCCCAUCCUCCUGGUGCGCGGCAACCACCAGAGUGUCCUCACCUUCUACUCCUAAACACACACACAGAAGAAAAUCAAGUUUUUAAGUAUCACAUCCCGUUCUGCCUCUGGGAGCAGACACACACACACACACACAUCCCAGUUUCAGUCCACACCUAAAGGUGCACCACAUCAUACACUUCAGAGAUGGUAAAAACACAACGCUGGCAAAAUGAAUAGAGAUGAAGGAAGACAUAUUGGUUGAGAUGAUUAAUUGCUCUACAAGUGAUGGAGAACAACAGGGUUGGGGUGGGUGGAGGUUGUGAGGUUGCCCACUCUGCUCCUCUCUGUCUGUUUAUUUCAAGAUGUCUGGAUUUCUCUCUUGUAGCUCUAGAUUCUUUUUGUCAAUGUUAAUUUCUCUCAGGCUCUAGAUGCCACAAUGUUCACGUUGUUGUUGUCAUGAUAUGGAAUCUCUUGAUGUCAUACUGAAGAAAAGAAAUUAAUUGGACCAGUUGUUGCAUUAGAGAUGCAGCAAUAAUCAUCCUGUUGUUUUCCUUAAAUACUGGGAGAGAACCAUACAGAAUGCUUUGCAACACCUCCUGGAGCCUUAUGGAUGUGCCUUCCAGUUAAAUCAGAUGAAAUAAUUCUAAUCUCUAUCCAGAUUGACAAUAUAACCUAUAAUGUUAGUGGAUAAUAGUUUAGUUUUACUGAGUUUUUAAUGUGAUUCCUUCUAGUUGGAGCAUUGUAUUUAUGCGAGUGGAUUGCAUGAGUUUACCGGAGGGUGUCCACUCGAUUGCAUAAAGACUUUCUCUGUCACUUCUCUCUAUUUUACACUAAUCAACAUGUUUAUUUUGGCUCAUAGCAUUUUCAUUUUUAUUCACUUUUGGGUCUUCCUUUGUAAAGCUGUUGAAUAUUUAUGAAAUCCUCAGCUACACAAUUUCUCUUUUAGGCAUAGUGCCUAAAAAUGUACAUGGGUCUUAAAUUUAAGAUCUCCUUUUUUUCUUUGUCAGAAAAUAUGUGAAUCUAGUUUUUCAUUAGCCUUCUCAGGUGGAAAGGCUAACUCUCCUAUGUAGCUGCUGACUGACUAAAUAGUUUUUCAUUUCUUUCACAAGUUUUUGUAUUUCUGUGUUCACAUGUAUGGUUCUUCCCCUGUGAAGAAAUCGCUCUACCCAACAAGCUAAUACCUUGCCUUAAUUCUAGAACUAACAAUAGUCAUGAAUUCCCUUUCUCUUAUAAGCCAUAGUGGCUGGAUGGUGUGUGGGUAAAUUCAGAUAGCAAUCCAUUAGUAAUGUUAGGAGAAAGUGUUUGAGCACAGUUGUCUUCUGUAUUGUAUGUGCAUCUUAAUUUUCUUCCCAUAGUGCACCUGCAUUAGUCUGUUACGUUGCUUACUCUAGGCCUGUGAGCUGCUACUGAAGUGGUCAGUUAACAGAUAGCACCAUGUUCCACUUUAGUUUUGCACUCAUGCACGCCUGUCUGGCUGUAUGAUGGACUGGCUGGUCUCCCAUUCCCACAAAGCCUUGAUGGGCACAGAGAAUGAAUGACAUGCAAGCUUCACACUGGAUGACUUGCUGGCAGGAAGAAUGUGACGAUAGAAUGUGUCAAGGCUGAGUAAAGAAAUACCUCUAUGCAUAAGAGCUUGUGUUGUGUAAGUGCUUGUAAUAAAAAUCCAUUGCUACUUCACGUGAAAGGAUCCACUCACCUCAGUUCAUUUAAGGA